AUGGAAUCGACAAUGCCAACCGAGAUCAAUGUGAUCACGCUUAACUGCUGGGGACUGAAAUUCCUGGCCAAGUUCCGCAAUGAGCGCUUGUCAGAGAUUGGGAGACGUAUUGCAUCCGCAGACCCGGUACCACAUAUCGUUGGACUGCAAGAAUGUUGGACUCAGGAGGAUUACACUAGCAUUCGAACCCUUACAAAACACAUCUUGCCGCAUGGGAAGUUCUACCAUAGCGGCAUCUUUGGUGGUGGAUUGGCGAUAUUGUCGAAAUGGCCGAUUGAGGAGAGCUCCAUGUUUCGAUACCCGCUAAAUGGCAGACCUACGGCUUUCUUCAGAGGUGACUGGUAUGUGGGUAAGGGCGUGGCAUGUGCGCGUAUACGUUAUGGGCCUGGUAUGAAGGAUGUAAUGGAAGUGUUCACGACACAUCUUCACGCACCCUAUGAACGCGAGCCCAACGAUUCCUAUAUCUGCCAUCGAACAGCUCAAGCAUGGGAGAUUGCCAAGUUGAUGCGUGGAGCAGCAGAGAGAGGCCAUCUCGUUCUGGGCCUAGGAGACUUUAAUAUGAUACCCUUGUCAUUAGCACAUCGCCUUAUCAGCACGCACUCACCAGUUCGCGAUGUCUGGCUUCUCCUACACCCCGACUCCUCCAUAGGCGCCGCAAUAGACGAGGUAGAGAAGGCGCGCAAAAGACCAACUCCCACCGCCGACAUCAACACAUUCGAGAACGGAGCGACGUGUGAUAGCGUACUAAAUACAUGGAGAUGGAACAAGGGCCAGCAAAAGCUUCUCGGACCUAAUAGGCCGCCCAUCGAGGUUCCAGGAGACCGGAUAGAUCCCAGAGCAAAGAGACUAGACUACAUAUUCGCCAGCACAGCAUUCAAUCCUUCGCACCCACAGCACGGGGGGUGGGCUGUGAAGUGUGCGAAGGUCGGGUUUCAGGAGCGGCACCCAGAGCUGCAAUGCUCGCUCAGUGACCACUUUUCUGUCGAGACGACCCUCGUCCACAUCAAACCAUCUGACUGCGAGGACAACUCUUCCAUAGAUGACGAUGAUCCAGCAGUCAGCAGCGGUGCCUUCCUGCAGUCACCAUCCAACAGCGAAUUUGCACACUGCCAAGCUCAGUUCAAAGAUACGAGAAGUCCGUUUCUGCCCAUCGAUACCUAUGACGAGAUCCUCGCCAUGGUCCACAAAUACCGAGCUCGGGAGAAGCGCCAACGCCGACUCCGUCUCGGCCACUUUGUCGGCUCGCUGGUAGUUAGUAUCGGAUGCUUAGUAGCAGUUUGGUGGAGUCCGUACAAUUCCGUCGCUUUUGUGUUGAUGCUCCUGAGCACGCUGGGUUUGAGUGCCGGUGUAAUUGAUGGGCUGAUUGGAGGCCUUUUUGUAGGAAGUGAGAUUCGGGCCCUCAAGGAGUUCGAGUGGGAGAUUAGCAAUGUUAGAGCCGCUGCCAGUGGCGAGCCACAUGACAUGGCCGAGGAGGGGAUCAAGGAUUGGUAA